AUGGCGACGACCAAUUCCCCCAUCAAGAAUCUCCCCAAUGAACUUCUCUCCAACGUGCUGGCUGGGCUGAGCACAAAGGAGCUCCUCCCAGUCGUCUCCGUCAGUCACCGCUUCUGCUCUCUGGCAACACGUAUCCUACAUCGCCGCCUCGCCACUACAGCCUCACUGCCAGGCAACGAAGUCAUUCUCGAAUGCUACCAUCCAAGCGCCAAAAUAUCCACGCCCUACCUAGCCUGUCGAUAUCUCGGCACGGCGUCCUGCGACGGGCCCUCGAUCAAUGAGCAGAACCCGAGCUUCGUACAUCUGCGCAAGAUGUAUUCAUGCUUCCGGCCAGUCAUUAUGGAAGAGAACAGACGCAGAAGGUUCCGUUAUGGGUGGUCUGUACAAACAUUGGCUGGAAGCACUCAGCUCCAGAUUGCCGCCGAAGAUGUCCUUGAUGAGACUGCACACCAGGAAGUGUACCUUGAUGAAGGAGAGCGCUUCUCCCAGCUCUGCACUGUGACGAAUGUCGUCAAGCAUGGUUCACGACCGGGCAUUUUCACACGACAUGUCAAUAUCAGCGAAGGCGUCAUUCGUGUUUUCAGGCACUGGCUGGCCGGCAUGAUGUCCAGGCAAUCAACUCUUCAGUCUGGAGCGUCCUCACCAUCUUCCUCUACAGACGGAGCCACAAUCGCGAGCUCAGGCACAUUUUCAUUAGACGAUCGCCGCAUCUUGUGGGUAGAUAACUCAAAGAACAUUGGCCUGCGUUUCAAGGUAACGCCUGGACCAGAGACACGGGGGACAAUCUUUGAAGACGAGCCGCCCGUGUUUUACAAUCUAAUUUACGAAGGUCGGUGUUGCCUUGUCAACCUCUUCUGA